AUGGCGGGAGCCGAGGUUAAGUCGGUCCAAUUCCCCCGGUGGGCAGAAAGCGACCGGGAGUCCCUGGAAAGCGGCCCGAGAGCCGAGGCCGCAAAGCCUUGUCAGCCGGCCGGUCGCCCGCCCCACCUGGCGCCUUCCCUGCGAGGAAACAUGCACACGACCCCGGGGGCGAGAGGGAGCGCGCGCGAGGAUCCGCGG